UGAAAGCGCAACAAGCGAUUUAUUUGCAAUCUCUUACGCUCAAACAGAUUAUAACUGUUUAGCAUUCGAUUUGUAAAAUUACACAAGAGCGGAUACCAUUCCCACUGCUUCCAUAUGCUCAGAUCAACCUAUGAAACUUUAGAACUAUUUGAAUUAUUAAUAAACAACUUUCACCACGAGUGGCAUUUCCCUGCAUUCAAGUUUUAGAAAUGGAUUUGUGGAAGGAAGUGGAAUUUUGCAAGAUUAGAUUAAAAAAUAUUCUUUGAAUAUAAAUCUGAAUUGGAAGAAAGUUGGGUCAAUCAUAUCUUUUACUGCCUUAGCGUUUCGAGUCUAUAUGGAGAAGUUGUGCAUUUUUGGUGGAAUUUUGAUUAUAUAUAGAAGAUACUGGUAGCUAUAUUUUAGUAUCGAUCGCGAUGGUUGCAACAAGAACUAUCAUAGUUUUUGUGUUUGUUUUGGUGGCUAAUGCUUCACCAAAUAUCGACAGCAGUGAAAAUAAGAAACAAUUGGUGACGACCGCAGCCUCCCACCGGAAUGGCAAACAAGUUUUUCUACGAUGCCGUUGUCCACCGGGACCACCAGGACCGCCCGGCCCUCGAGGCCGACCCGGUGAACCAGGUGAACCUGGGAAGCCAGGACGCAAGGGUCGGCCUGGGAAGCCCGGGAAGCCGGGGCACCAAGGUCACCACGGUCAUUACGGUCCGCCAGGUCGUAAGGGACCUAUAGGUCCCCAUGGUCCUGCAGGUUAUCAAGGAGAUGAAGGGAAAAAGGGGCUUCCUGGUCUACCAGGACGUGAUGGAAUGGCAGGUCCUACAGGUCCACCUGGAUUGCGGGGUCCACCUGGAUUGCGAGGUCCACCUGGUCUCAAUGGACGUAUGGGUCCACGAGGUAGAAGAGGAUUGCGUGGGUUUAGAGGACCACCUGGAUCGAGAGGAGCGGCUGGCAUCCGUCCUUUGGUUAACGUUGUGUAUAUUGACAAACAGUCUGAAGAAAAUGAAGAAAAAACGGAAGAAAGCAUAACAGAGUCCACAACUUCGCCAAUGGUUAGCUUAAAUCAAACGGACGACAACAAUAAUACGAACUCUACUGGGGUUGGAGGUGGAGAUGCAACUGAGAAGGAAUUGACGGGUAAUGUUCAAGAAGUUUAUAGCCACAAAAAUGAAAUCUAUAUUGACGACGAAGAAAUUGAUAACUUUUAUGACAAAGGUCCGUUUAUAGAAGUGAGAAAUGCACCAAGGCAAAGGAGAGUAUCUAUUUAAUUUUGGAUUAGACAAAGUACUAUUCAUCAAAAAUAUAAAUAGAUAAAUUAUUGUAGGAGCUAAAAUGUCAAUAAAGCAAGGAAGGAA